AUGGCUCCUCUUGUUCCCCAACAACAACAUGAAGUUCAUGAAGACUUCACCUUGUCUACCUUGAUCCAAAAGAUCCAUACUGUGCUUGGUCCUGAUGGUGGUCUUGACUCUGAGCAUAUUGAUCCCAACGAAAUCAUCCACUUGAUGGAGCAAUACAGUUCCAAUGCCAAGGAUUGGUCCCAAUACACUAUCUUUGAUCACUCUCGUGCCUAUACUCGUAAUUUGAUCGAUGAUGGCAAUGGCAAGUUUAAUCUCAUGAUCUUGGCAUGGAGCAAAGGACAGCAGAGUCCAAUCCAUAAUCACGCUGGGUCGCAUUGCAUCAUGAAAGUAUUGGAUGGUGAGCUGAGCGAAACCCAAUACGCUUGGCCAAAGCCGUCGUCGUCGUCCCCCAAACAAGAUUCAUCAGCGUUGUCGGAAGCCGAUUCGUCAGAUAUCACUGAUGCUGUGGUGACACAUGCUGAUGGUGAUGAGAAAAGACCUGAUGGAAAACAGAUGAAAGUCAUCAACCUCACACGUCUUUGCCCGAAUGAAGUGACCUAUAUUCAUGACAAGAUUGGCUUGCACCGUAUUGCUAACCCUGACCCGGAACAUGGUGCAGUAUCGCUUCAUCUGUAUACCCCUCCUUAUCAGGUGUGCAAGACCUUUGAGGAAGAUAGUGGUCGUGCCCGUCAAGGCGGCAAGUGCACCUUUUACUCUGUAAGGGGUAAACGUUGCAGCAAUAAGGAUUCACAAUUGUAA